UUUCACCAAGCAACCUUUUGGACCCAAACACUUUCCUCUUAUCAUCAACUGCAAGGGGUAAAAAGAGCUGGCUUUCUCUUCACCUCUCGUUUCAUCUCCCCCAAAUCCGAGGCUUGAUGCGGUCUCCUCUUCCUCCCGCACUGUCCUCCGGAUGGGAGUACUCCGUCCUGGCCGUCAGCAGCGCGCGGCCGUCCUCGUUUCCUCGUUGCCAUGGGCACGCGAGCUUCGGACGGCGUGGGUGGCCGGUGCCCGGCCUCCUCCGAGACCCCCGUAGGGACGGCGGCAGGCGAUGGCUGACACGUGCAGCAGCGGUAGUCAUCGCCAGCAGCAGCAGCAGCUACGGUGGGAGGGCCUGGAGAGUGUUAAGGCAAUGCUGCAUCAAAACCAUAAGAACAAGCGGGAGGUGUUGACCACCAUUGAUAACCUCAAGCGCCUUUGUGUGGACCACUAUUUCCAAGACGAGAUCGACAAUGCCGUGGAUUCAUGCUUGGAUCUAGUCCAUAGUGAUGAUCUACUAGAAGCAACACUUUCACUCAGGCUGGCGAGAGAAGCUAGAUAUGAUAUUUCAGCAGAUGAGGUUCUUAGAAAGUUCACUGACCACAACGGUGACUUCAAGCUUGACCAUUGCGAAGAUAUCAGAGGGUUGCUCAGCUUGCACGACAUAUCACACUUGAACAUGGGAGAAUCAUCACUCUACAAGGCAAAGGAGUUCUCACGAAAAAACCUCACAUCUGCAAUUAGACACUUGAACCCAAACCUUGCAAGACAUGUGAGGCAUUCACUGGACCAUCCCUACCAUGUGAGCCUAAUGCAGUACAAGGCCAGGUACCACUUGAGUUACCUCCAGAGCUUGCCCACUAGGAACACUGCAAUGGAGGAGCUGGCAGUUGCAGAGUUCUACCUUAACAAGUUGCAGCAUCAGAAGGAAAUGCGAGAGGUUGAAAGGUGGUGGAUGGAUUUGGGAUUGACUCGAGAAAUACGAACUGCAAGGGACCAGGUUCUAAAAUGGUACAUGUGGGCAAUGACUGUUGUCCAGGGUUUCUCCUUAUCUAGGUAUCGGAUUGAGAUCACAAAGAUCAUCUCGUUUGUCUAUAUUGUGGAUGACAUCUUUGAUCUUGUUGGCACCCAAGAGGAGCUUUCCCUCUUCAGUGAGGCUAUCAAAAGGUGGGAUCUUGCAGCUGUUGGUUCACUCCCGAGCUACAUGCUAUCAUGCUACAAGGCUCUUUACACUGUCACAAAUGAGAUUGCCGAUGUGGCAAAAAAGGAGCAUGGAAUGAACCCUAUCUCUCAACUCAGGAAUGCUUGGGAAACUUUGUUUGAUGGAUUCCUGCUUGAGAGAAAAUGGCUUUCUUCUAACCAGGUCCCUUCGCCAGAGGACUACCUAAGAAAUGGCAUUAUCACCUCAGGAGUACCACUUAUAUUCUUGCAUCUUUUCUUCAUGCUAGGGCAUGAUUUGACAGAGCUCGACGGCGACAACAUUCCUCGGGUCAUCUACUGCUCUGCAACGAUCGUGAGGCUCCGGGAUGACAUGGGUAGUGCUAAGGAUGAAAUGCAAGAAGGGUUCGAUGGUUCCUACAAGGAGAUGUACCUGAGAGAGAAUCCUCAUGGCGAUGCGGAGGAGCACAUGCUGGAAAUGAUAGCAGAUGAGUGGGAGGAGCUCAACAGGGAGUGUUUCUCCAGGGCGAGGUCGUCCUGCUUGUCGCCCAGUUUUCUCCUAGCGUCACUCAACUUGGCGAGGAUGACCAGUAUCAUUUAUGGCUAUGAUAACGAGCAGAGGCUCCCCGUCCUAGAGGAUUACAUUGGGAUGCUCCUCUUAUGAAUCAUGCAUGGCUAGAAGACUUGUCAAUCUGCUGUGUUCUUUUAGUGCAUUAUCACACUCGAAAACUAGUAAUUAUAAGUGUAUGUUGAUCGAUUCUGCAUGUAGAAUGCUGAACUUUGGAACUUGUUUGGACUUUUAUUUGCAUUGGCCUUUCACUUUC